AUGUUUCCUUCAGUUGAUGGUCGCCUUACUAUCCUCGCCGUCUUACCCGUGUCCCUUGUUGUCAUCACAGCACUCAAGCGGUUUAUCGAGAACAAACAAAACAAACCUUCCCUCCCUCCUGGACCAGUGCCGCUCUCACUGUUAGGGAACAUUUUGUCUCUUGACACAAAGGAACCUUGGUUGACUUAUACGGAAUGGCGCGCUACUUAUGGAGAUGUGGUUUUCCGUGUUGCAGAAGCCUUACUGGAUAAGCGUUCUCGAAUCUACUCUGAUCGACCAACCAUAGCAACAGUGGAGCCAUUUGGUUGGUCGGUUGUCUUUGCAUUCGCACCUUAUGGCGAUGAAUGGCGUCUUUGCCGACGACUCUUCCACCAAACCUUUCGUCCUGACUCUGCACUCAAGUUUCGCCCGAUGCAGAUGAGACGGGCUCGUGAGAUGAUCGUCAAUCUAAUUGAUGACUCUCAACAUUAUCAUACUCACUUCGUAACAUUUUCGUCCUCUGUUGCGAUGUCGGUGGUAUAUGACUACCAACCCAGUGCUCGUGAUGAUCCUCUGAUUCGAAUUAUGGAAAAGGCAGUAGAAAUUGGACUCAAGGUGAUAACCCCAGAGAGAGCAAUCUUGCUUAAACUCUUCCCUUUUUUGCUGAGGUUACCUGACUGGUGCUGGGGAUCCUCGAUCAAACGUGAUGCUCAAAUUUCGACUAAUCGCAUGACUGAAAUGAUGGAGACGUCAUUUCGAUAUACACAGCAACAUAUGGCCGAAAACUCGGUUCUUGGCAAGUGUUCUAUGGUGACAGAAAAUCUUCAACGAAUGGAGAAGCAAGAUCAGGCAUCCGGACCAUUGUUUGAGAGCUCCUUGAAGAAAGCAGCUACUACUGCUAUCAUUGGUUCAUAUGAGUCGACUACGUCGAUCUUGAUGGUUUUUGCUCUCGCCAUGGUAUUAUAUCCAGAUGUUCAGAGACGGGCACAGGCGGAGAUCGACUCAGUGACAGGAAGAGAUCGCUUACCUACUUUCGAGGACAGAGUAUCACUACCAUAUGUCGAAUCAGUUCUGCGGGAGACUUUCCGAUGGCAUCCUGUUGCACCCCUUGGCAUACCGCAUGCUACAUCGAGUGAUGACAUAUACGAUGGUUUCUUCAUUCCAAAAGGGGCGACUGUUUUAUACAACAUAUGGGGCAUUUCACGGGAUGAAAAGCGGUACCCCGAAGCAUCUAGCUUUAUACCAGAGAGAUUCUUGGACGUCAAUGGUGUUUUGACUGAUGAUGACCCUGCGGAAUACGUUUUUGGCUUAGGCCGGCGUGGAUGUCCAGGCCGAUAUGCUGGCGAUGCCUCUCUGUGGUCCGCCAUUGUGACCAUGUUGGCCACGGUGGACUUUUCUUCCGCCAGAGAUGACCAAGGCAACGUGAUCGACUUCACCCCCCAAUUUCUGACAGGACUCACUCGUGCCGUUACGACCUUCCCGUGUAGUAUUUCGCCACGUUCUCAUGUCCAUUCAGGACUUGUGGAUGUUUUACGAACAAAAGCGUAA